UGAGGAGAGCGCUCACACCUCUCCCCACCCUACUCUUUCUAUCUGGCUGUAAGUCUGCCAGUGACAACAGCAAACUGCAGCAGAAGAGGGGAGGAAGCCAGUGAGUGCAAGAGCAGCAAAGGAGAAAAGGAGCCCCCCUGGGUUUCCUCAGCCCACAGCAGAGAGCGUCGCAGAUCUCAGACACAGGACUUCGCUCCUGCCCACGGUGACUCUGGUAUCAGCUGGUGAAGCAGUGGGUGAUGGCGUCCCUGCUGCAAGGCCGGCUGCCUGUUAAUCAAGACCUGCUGCUGAUGCAGAAAGGCACGCUGAUGCGCAAGGUGAGGUCCAAAAGCUGGAAGAAGCUAAGAUACUUCAGACUUCAGGACGAUGGCAUGACAGUCUGGCAUGCCCGGCAGGCCGGAGGCAGGGCCAAGCCCAGCUUCUCAAUAUCCGACGUGGACACAGUGCGUGAGGGCCACGAGUCUGAGUUGCUGCGAAACCUGGCAGAGGAGUUCCCCCUGGAGCAGGGCUUCACCAUCGUCUUCCAUGGCCGCCGCUCCAACUUGGACCUGGUGGCCAACAGUGUCGAGGAGGCCCAGAUCUGGAUGCAGGGGCUCCAGCUGUUGGUGGACUUUGUCACCAGCAUGGACCAACAGGAGCGGCUGGACCAACCUGGAUGGCUGAGUGAUUGGUUCCAGCACGGAGACAAAAACCAGGAUGGUCGGAUGAGUUUUGGAGAAGUCCAGCGGUUACUGCACCUGAUGAAUGUGGAAAUGGACCAAGACCAUGCCUUCCAGCUUUUCCAGAGAGCAGAUGCAUCCCAGUCUGGGACUCUGGAGGGAGAAGAAUUUGUAGAGUUUUAUAAGUCUUUGACUCAGCGUCCUGAGGUGCAGGAACUGUUUGAAAAGUUUUCAUCUGAUGGGCAGAAGCUGACCCUGCUGGAAUUUGUGGAUUUUCUCCAAGAGGAGCAGAAAGAAGGAGAACGGGCUUCUGACCUUGCUCUAGAACUCAUUGACUGCUAUGAGCCUUCAAAUAGUGGCAAACUGCGCCAUGUGCUGAGCAUGGAUGGCUUCCUCAGCUACCUCUACUCGAAGGACGGAGACAUCUUCAAUCCGACCUGCCUCCCCAUCUACCAGGAUAUGACUCAGCCCCUGAACCAGUACUACAUCAGCAGCUCCCACAACACCUACCUAGUGGGAGACCAGCUUUGUGGCCAGAGCAGCGUGGAGGGAUACAUACGGGCCCUGAAGCGGGGAUGCCGCUGCGUGGAGGUGGAUAUAUGGGAUGGACCUAGCGGGGAACCUAUUGUUUACCACGGACACACACUGACCUCUCGCAUCCCGUUCAAAGACGUCGUGGCCGCCAUUGGACAGUAUGCCUUCCAGACAUCAGACUAUCCAGUCAUCUUGUCCCUGGAGAACCACUGCAGCUGGGAACAGCAGGAGAUGAUAGCACGCCAUCUGACAGAGAUCCUGGGGAAUCAGCUACUGAGCACCACCUUGGAUGGGCAGCUUCCCACUCAGCUGCCCUCCCCUGAGGAGCUUCGGAGGAAGAUCCUUGUGAAGGGAAAGAAGUUAAAAACGCUUGAGGAGGAUCUUGAGGAAGAGGAGGAGGAGCCAGAGUCUGAACUGGAAGAGGCUGAGCUGCAGCUGGAGGCCCAGAUGGAGUCUGAGCCCCAGGAGUUGAGCCCUCGCAGUAAGGACAAAAAGAAGAAAUCCAAGCCCAUCUUAUGUUCAUCCCUCUCUGCCCUGGUUGUCUACUUGAAGGCUGUCACCUUCUACAGCUUUGCUCAUUCGAGGGAGCACUACCGCUUCUAUGAAACAUCAUCUUUCUCUGAAGCCAAGGCCAAGAGCCUCAUCAAGGAGGCUGGCAAUGAGUUUGUGCUGCACAAUACCUGGCAGUUAAGCCGUGUAUAUCCCAGUGGCCUGAGGACAGAUUCAUCCAACUACAACCCCCAGGAGUUCUGGAAUGCAGGCUGCCAGAUGGUGGCUCUGAAUAUGCAGACUGCGGGGCUUGAGAUGGACCUGUGUGAUGGGCUCUUCCGUCAGAACGCUGGCUCCGGCUACGUGCUGAAGCCAGGCUUCCUGCGUGACGUCCAGAGUUCCUUCCACCCUGAGAGGCCCAUCAGUCCGUUCAAAGCCCAGACCCUCCUAAUCCAGGUAAUCAGUGGGCAGCAACUCCCCAAAGUGGACAAGACCAAAGAGGAGUCCAUUGUGGAUCCACUGGUAAGAGUGGAGAUCUUUGGCGUCCGCCAAGACACAACCCGGCAAGAGACCAGCUACGUGGAGAACAAUGGUUUUAAUCCAUACUGGGGGCAGACACUGUGCUUCCGGGUCCUGGUACCUGAACUGGCCCUGCUGCGUUUUGUGGUAAAAGACUAUGACUGGAAAUCCCGAAACGAUUUCAUUGGUCAGUACACCCUGCCUUGGAACUGCAUGCAACAAGGUUACCGCCACAUACACUUGCUCUCCAAGGAUGGCAUCAGCCUCCAUCCAGCCUCCAUCUUCGUGCACAUCUGCACCCAGGAAGGGGUGGAGGGGGUUGAGUCUUAAGGUGGGCACUUCACGGGAAGAGAGGGUGCAUCGGCUUUAGACGGUAAGAAAAGCCAGGAAGGAUGCUCCAGAAAGCAACCAGAGGUGGUGAAAACCAGGCUUUGGACUGUGCAUUCCUAGGCACAAAAUGACUUCAUCCUUCCUGACAAGCAAAUCUAGGACCUGACUUGUCACCUUCUUUCUUUUCCCUUUCUUCGUUUUCACCAGCCUUUGGUAUCAUUCCUGUCCUUACCCUCUGCAUACUCUACACUGGAAUUCCUUCCUUCCUUCCUCUUGCUAUAGGUUCAGUCCCAUACCCAGAUCUAGGACUACACUUUCGCACCAACUCUGGCUCAAAGGCAGAUUGCAAGUAGAAAUCCAGAGAAGGGCUUGGGGCAGACAAACCCUAAGAGGCACCAUCUCCUCCACCUCUAACUUCCUCGAAGUCCAGAGCCAAGGGAAGGACAAAUCAAGCCCCAAGGCUCCCCAGGCAAAGGCUGGGGAAGGAGAUCUGACCCCAAGACUCUAUUACGACUCUCAAGAGAACACUACACAGCCCUCAGAGUCUCCACUGGACUGCUGCUCCCUAGCCCCUCUAGUAUAAAU